CAUAAAGCUCGAUUCUUCAAUUAGAAAAUGAGGAAGGAACGAGGAAUGAGUGUACCGAAUUUUCAUCUAAGGGUGAGCUUAACGAUCGUCUAUUUCUUGGGCACGUGGCCUCCACAUACGGGCACAUAUCGCUUUCUAUAUCUGCUUUAUACCGUCUGUAGCUUCACUUUCAUAUUGGGUAUACUGCUCGCUGCUGAGAUAGCAAAUGUUUUCAUGAACUGGGGAGAUAUGUCGAAACUUGUCGCAGUUGCGACUUUAUUGAUGACGAAUUGCACUCACGCUUCUAAGGUGAUCGUUCUUCUUCGUCGUCAGAUGAGGAUCCAGGCACUUCUGGAUACAGCCAACAGUUCAGCAUUUAGUCGCUACGACAAGGAGCAAAAGGACUUGCUCAUAAGAUACACGUGGAAAGGUAUCUUUCAUCACGUAGUUUAUCAGAGUUUUGGUGCGAUUGCGGUAUUUUGCUGGGGCAUUACCCCGAUCACUGAUUUAGUCGCCGGUCGUUCGCGUCGACUACCCAUGGAGGGCUGGUAUCCUUACAACACGACGAUGACUCCAGCCUUCGAGAUCACCGCGGGACAUCAGGGAAUCGCCAUCAUAAUCGCUUGCUUUCAUAACGUGGCGAUGGACACUCUGAUUACAGGCUUGAUUACGGUUGCUUGUUGCCAGUUGGCAAUCCUAGAACGUCAUAUUAUCUCAAUUGAUAAUGACAAAAAAAGCACAUGCAAGGUACAAAGCGAUGAGCACAAAUUAUCUGUGGUUAAAGGAAAAAUCAGGUCCUAUCAGCUACUCAAGCGAUGCGCUGUACACAGCAAUAUGAUAUCUCAUUUUACGAGCGAGAUCCAGAACAUCUUCGGUACUAUCAUCUUCUUCCAAUUUCUUUCGAAUUGCGUAAUUAUUUGCUUAAUCGCCUUCAAUUUAUCGCAGAUGAAGGUUUACAUCCCGGCUGUACUAAUUGGCAUGCUGACGUACAUGUGCUGUAUGACGUAUCAGAUAUUUAUUUUCUGCUGGCAUGGUAAUGAAUUAUAUCUACAUAGCAUGCGCCUAGUUACGGCCGCAUAUUCAAGCAAUUGGAUUUCCAAUACUGAGGCUUUUAAACGCAGUCUUCAAAUCAUGAUGAUAAAAGCUCAUCGUCCGCUCACUUUAAGUGCUGGCAAGGUCAUGUUGCUGUCGUUAGAUACCUUUGUUCAGAUAAUGCGGAUGUCCUAUUCAAUUUUUACAGUACUUCAAGGUUCGGCUGCUUAAUGGCGAAUUCACUAUUAACAU